UGAUAUUUACUUGGGCUUUGAAGAUGACCAGUCUACUUGCAGCUCAACUACAGGACAUGUGAAUGAUUAUCUUGCUCUCCUCUAAAGGGUCCAAGUUUCUGCCUUCAGCUAGAAGCCUUCUUGUAAAUCUUGACCCAUCCACUGGCUCAUCCAGUAUGACGGCGGAGGGCAGACCUGAGGGCUUCAGUGAUCCAGCUCUGCCGGAUUACACUGACACUUCUCAGAAGGCCAGACGAGCGAAAUGCUGCUCCCCGAGUUUGAAAAUGUUUAUUGGGGUCCUUGCGCUCUGUUAUUUUUCUAAAUCCUUGAGUGGGAGCUACACUAAAAGCACCAUCACUCAGAUUGAGAGGAGAUUUGAGAUUCCCAGCUCCACUGCUGGUACUAUAGACGGCAGCUUUGAGAUGGGUAACUUGAUGAUUAUUAGUGUGGUGAGCUACUUUGGGGCAAAGUUCCACCGGCCAAAAAUCAUUGCAGCAGGAGGUCUGCUAAUGGGACUGGGAACCCUCCUAAUGUCUCUGCCCCAUUUCCUCAUGGAUCGAUACAAAUAUGACACUGUUGCCUCCCACAUGCCUGAUUCAGACAAUCUCACAAUGACAUCCCCAUGCUCACCUGCCAAUCAGGACACACUUACACAACCUAUUCCUGGAUGCCACAAAGGAGAGGAGGAGGGCUCCCCCAUGUGGAUUAUUUUGAUGAUAGGGAACAUGAUCCGGGGUAUGGGAGAAGCAACCAUUGGUCCUCUUGGGAUAUCAUUUAUCGAUGACUAUGCUAGACCUGAAAACUCAGCCUUCUAUAUUGGGUGUCUUCAUACAAUAGGUGUGAUUGGCCCACUCUUUGGUUACACGUUGGGUUCUCUGUGUGCAAGUCUCUAUGUGGAUAUUGGUUUUGUGAACCUGGAAAGUGUAACCAUUACUAUGCAGGACUCCCGCUGGGUGGGAGCGUGGUGGUUGGGUUUUGUGAUUGCUGGCUGUCUUACCUUGCUUACUGCUCUGCCACUCUGGUUCCUGCCACGUGCUCUCCCAGAAGACCCACAGACACAGGAUCCGUCAUCUGAGCCCUUUCAGCAACACACAGAACACCACACACCCAGCAUUGCUGAAAUAGCCAAAGGUUUUGGACCGUCACUGAAGCGCUUGUUUACCAACAAGAUCUAUGUGCUGUAUCUGGCCAGCAACAUUAUCAUGUUCAAUGCCUUUGUGAUUCUCAUAACUUACACACCCAAGUAUUUGGAACAGCAGUUUGGACAGAGUGCCUCCAAAACUAACUUCCUCAUAGGGGUGACAUCUAUGCCAGCUGUGUCCUUUGGUAUUUUCCUGAGUGGAGUCAUAAUGAAGCGGUUUAAAUUGGGCCUGCUUGGAGCUGCUCGAGUGGCUUUCCUGACCUCCAUCUUGGGCUUCCUGUGCUUUGUCCCGUUCUUUGCCCUGAGCUGUGAGAACUUGGAGGUGGCUGGAGUCACAGUUCCUUACCAAAGGUCAGAGCGGCUGGGAGAGGUGGAGGUGUUGUCAUCUUGUAACUCUGACUGUGGAUGUCCUGUUAACCAGUGGGAUCCUGUGUGUGGACAUAAUGGAGUCACAUAUGUCUCCCCAUGCUUUGCUGGCUGCAACUUCACUAGGGGCUCUGGGAGGAACAUGACAUUUCAUGGCUGCAGAUGUAUCCAGAGCUGGGACACUGGUCAUCAGAAUGCCUCUGCUGUCCUUGGUCAGUGUCCCCGGAAAAAUAGCUGUUCUAGAAUGUUCUACAUCCAUCUGGCGCUACAGUCUUUGAGCUUCUUUGUGUACUGCCUCGGCAGCACACCCCUGUUUAUCAUAACGCUGAGGAGCGUGGAGCCUGAAUUGAAAUCUCUGUCAGUGGGCAUGCUCAUGCUAAUGCUGAGAGUGCUGGGAGGGAUCCCUGCACCCAUUUACUUCGGCGCUUUGAUUGACUCUACCUGUCUGAAGUGGGGGAGCAGGAAAUGUGGUGGGAGGGGGGCCUGCAGGAUGUAUGACAUUCAGACUCUCAGGUUCCUUUUCCUGGGAAUGAUCAGCUCAUUGCGGAUAUGUGGGUACAUGCUCUUCUGGGUUGUCAUUGUUUUCAUAAAGCGGAAAUUACUUCGUGCUCAGGCAGUCACUGAGAAUGUGGAGCUGCAGAAGCCAGCAGUGUGUCCCACUGAGACGAAUGAGAAACUGCUAGAGUAUGUUAAUAAUGAGAAACACCACUCAAAGGAAGAGUGUUAUAGUGGUGAGAAAUGCGAUCAAGUAAAAGAGUGUUCUAAUGAUGAUAAAUGCAACCUUCAGGAGAGUUCCAACAGUGAAAAAUAAGACUGAGUGAAUCCCUAAGUCUCAUCUGCCAUGGUUAAAAGUGACCGUUGAGCAAAACUAAGACACACAAUGAUUACACCUGCAUAUGGAUGUGAAUACAUGUGUUAAUCAGUCUCGUUCCUGGUUUCAUUGAGAGCUUUGUAAUGAAAAAGAAAAUCUUGUGAAUGAAAAAUGUGUUUUCACGAGAAGUCGAUGAUAUUUUGCAUAUCAUGAUCUUUCAAACAGUACAAUGUUAUAAUAUCCCAAAUGUAACCAUGGUGAUAGAGACUAUUUCACGUCAAGCCAUCUAAAAGGCAAAAAAACCCCAAAACUGUAGAGCUUUGUUUCUCUCUUCCUUUGGGUUUAUAUUUUGUAUUAAGAAUGUUUGUGUGUUGUUUGAGGUACCAGCGCACUUGCCUGUUUUUUGUAAAGCACAACAGUGUGAGAACAUUUUUAAUAAGUCUCACUUAUUACUUCUGUCAUAUUACAUAUUACCUCCUAUAAAAUUAUGUCUGACUUAUUAAUCCUGUCAUAUUACAUAUACCUCCUAUAAAAAUAUGUCUCAUUUAUUAAUGCUGCUGUAUUACAUUUUGAUUCCUAUAAAAAUAUGUCUCACUUAUUAAUCCUGCCAUAUGACCUCUGCUCUAAUCUGGAAAUCCUGUUCAGAAAUGAACAUUUAUGAAGUCAGAAUCUGGAGAAGAAAACAGACUUAAGGUUUACAUUGUAACAUAGCAGCAUGACAUUUGUCUCAAAAAUAAAAGCUUUUGUGUAGUUGUGAGUGAAAAAUUGUGAAUGUAAUUGCAAAUUGGUUUGAAGAUUUUGUUCUUAGUUCUUUCUGUUCAAUGAAUUGCCUAUUAAAACUGUCCAAAGACAGCCAUUAUUCUAACUUAA